GGCAAUGCCGAAGACAUUAUGCCGGAAUCCGACGUAGAACUUGUUGGCCGCAUUCAAGAUGUCAUCUCAACACUUUCAAGUGGAGACUCUGAGAGAUACGGUACUGAAACAAUUCGAAAACUCAAGGUGGUUCAAGCACGUCCUGGCCAACUUGUAUUUGAAGUGACCGUUACAAAGGACCUUUUGAACCACUUUGGUGCACUUCAUGGGGCAGCUAUAGCUCUGAUGGUAGACUUUUGUACAUCGUUGGCCUUAAUUUCUGCGGGAAAAGAUGCCGGAGCAAGCGUGGAUCUCAGCACGCAAUAUCUCUCUAGUGCUAGAGAAGGCGAUGUUGUACUUGUAUCUGCCGAUAUUGUGAAGACCGGAGGGACCCUUGCGUUCACCAAAACUGUGAUAUGUGCCAAGGAUAGCGGGAAAAUAAUUGCAAGUGGAACACAUAUGAAGUUUAUAAAGGCUUCCAAGCUGUAGAUCCAGCUGUAUAUCCAAGCUGUAGAUUGUGUAGAUAUCAGAUCAAGUACCGGUGGUGAUGGUUCAUCUCCUGGGAGGCAGUAGGCGUCAUCAGGGCCAUAGUCGUCUGUACGGUCAUGAGCCGUGUGCGCGAGAACACGGAUGUGAAAACAAGUUUUACAUCUUAGUGAUGCGGUGUUAGAUACUCAAAUGAUAGACAUUAGGCAGUAAAAGCAAAAUCAUCGAUACUGCUACUUUUCAAUACAUUCUAAGGGGGGUAUUUGACAGCCACACUCGUAACGAGGAACGCCGCCCCAUUGGAAG